AUGCAGUCCCCUCAGCCCAGAGGUGUCCGGGACACAGCCUCCGCUCUGCCUCUGCACAUGUCUCUGGCCUUAGCCUGGGUUCUCCUGGAUCCAGUUCGCUCCCAGCAAUGUCCACCUGGAAACCCCCUUCUCGUCCACCAGUUCAUGGAGAUAGGCGCUGACCAGCGGGUUCCCGCCCAGCACCGGGUCCUGAGCUCGCUGGAUCCGCUCUAUGGUGUCGUCCGGCGCUACCUGGAUGUGGUCCAGCAGAACCCCUUCCCCACAGAGCUUCUCCGGGUGGCCCUGAAUGAGCCGUCAUCAGUGAGAACCUCUCAGGUGGUGCGCUACCAGGCUGGCUAUGUCGUCUGUGCUGCGAUUGCUGUGCUCUUCUUUGUGGCGGUGCCAGCAACAGGUCUGUGCUUCUGCUGCUGCCGGCGCCACCGGCGCUGUGGGGGGCGCAUCAAGGCCGACCGCCGCUCCCUCACCUGGCAGCGGAACCUCCUCACUUUCUGCCUCUCCCUCACUACCGCCAUUCUACUGGCCGGCGUUAUCUGUGCUUUCCUUGCCAAUCAGCGGGUGAAGGAGCAGAUGGAGCCCGGGGCCCAAGCCGUGCCAGCCACUCUACACACUUUGAGGAAGAACAUUGACAGCAUCCCACAGGGGGUGCAGUCUGUCGUGGAGCAGUUUGCAGUGCCCAGACAGCAAAUAAUCAGCGACCUGAACAAUGUCAGCCGCAGCAUUGGCCUCACCAUCCAUUCGCUGCUGAAGGAGCAGGUGUUUUCAGUGCUGGAGGCCAUUCAGGGCAGAGCACAAGACCUACAGAACUCGCUGCACCAUUUACAGAUUCUCCACAAGACUGUGCGGACUCUGACCCAUUUCCAGGACGAGCUGGGCCUGGCACUGAGAGAUCGCAAGGAGAGCAUGGUCUCCCUGCUGGACAGUCCGCGCUGCACGUCCUGUGCCCGGGCACUGGGCAAAGCCCAGAGCUUGGAGCUGGGAGCCGACUACAGAAGGGUUCCUUCGGUGGAACAGGUUUUGAAGACACUGUCUGGUCUCCCCAAAGCUAACUUCCCAGACUUGAUUGACCAGGGCAACAGCACCUUCAACUCGAUGCCAGACCUAGCCGUUGCGAAGAUGGCCCAGGUUGUGCAGGAUCUAAAGGAUGAAGUGAACAAGGUCAGCAGAAAGGUCCAGUCUAUUGCAGACAGCUUCCCAGUCUCCGAUUACACUCAGCCCUUGGAUGAUGCCCUGAUGCAGGCAGAGAAGAAGAGCCACCCUUACCUCCAGGAGGUGAAACACUAUGAGAAAUACAGGUGGAUUGUGGGCAUCGUGCUGUGCUCUGUGGUCCUGCUGGUUGUAGCCUGUAACCUCCUGGGGCUGUCCCUUGGGGCCUGUGGGCUCGCAAUGCGGGAGGAUCCGAGUGACUAUGAAAGCAGAGGAGAAGCUGGGGCCAAAUUCCUUUUGGUGGGCGUUGGCUUUAGCUUCCUCUUCUCCUGGAUCCUAAUUCUCUUGGUCUUCGCCACCUUUCUGGUUGGGGGCAAUGUCCAGACGCUGGUGUGUAAGAACUGGGCCAAUCAGGAGAUUUACAAGUUUAUCGACACUCCUGGGAACCUGCCUCCAUCCAUGAACCUCACCCAGCUACUCAACCUGAAGAGGAGCCUCAACCUAACCUCUGCUUAUCAGGAGUGCAAGAAGGGUGCAGGCCUCUGGGACGUUCUGCAGCUCAGAGAUACCUACAAUCUCGAGGAUCACCUCCACCUCAGCCAGUACACCAGAGACUUCCAGAAACGCCUCGACAACUUCAACCUCCACUUUGAAGAAAUCCACUUCCUCAAUGGGGCUGGGAGACGGGACCUGGAGACCUUCCGGCAGAGCGGGAUCGAUCAGCUGGACUACCCUACGUUCCAGGCCGAGAUGCAGAACUCUGUGGUGAGGACAAGCCUGGAAGACCUAGCCAGGGACCUCGAGGGCCUCCAAAAAAUUCAGAGCAACAUCACAAUAGCAGAACGGCUGGCCAACGAGUCCCAGGCCCUGUGGAAAAUCCAGAAUGCCACCGUGCUCACUCAGGAGGCCCUUGUGGUGAAGCUGAAUGAGAGCGUGCAGUUCUUAUCCACCAUGGCACCCCACCUCCAGCCCCUCUUGAAACAGACGAUGGCUGAGAUUGCCAUGAUCGAGACCAUGCUGCCGGUGCAGGCGCAGCGGCUCCUGAGACACGAGAUCGGCUGCUUCACAAGGAAAGAACUGGGCUAUUUCUCGCAGUACCUGAACUGGGUGAGACGCACGCUGACUGAGGAUGUGGCUUCCUGCCAGCCGCUCGCCACGGCGCUGGAUAACGGCCGGGUGAUCCUCUGCGACCGCAUCGCCGAGCCCUGGAAUGCCUUCUGGUUCAGCCUGGGCUGCUGCACCUUCUUCCUCAUCCCCAGCAUCAUCUUCGCCAUCAAACUUACCAAGCACUUCCGCCCCAUCAGGAACCGGCUAAUCUCUACUGCCUCAGAGGAGACCUAUCCCUUCCACAUCCCCCGUGUUACAGCUCUCAAGCUAUAGGAAGGGGUCUCCAGCA